AUGGAUGCUGAGCAAAGGGCAAGGAAAUACACAAUGAGAACAUAUGAGCUAUUAGCGUGUGCACUUGAGAAGGAUAAUAGAGCUGAGGAAGCACACAGAAUCUGGCAGAAGAAAAUAGGCCAUGAUCUGCAUUCGGUUCCUUGGCGUUUCUGCCGUCUUAUGUUGGCUAUCUACUACCGAAACAAUAGGCUAGACAGGCUCGUGAAGCUCUUCAAAGAAGUAGAAGCUUGUGGUCGUAAACCUCCAAGCAAAGAUAUUGUACGGAAAGUUGAAGAUGCAUACGAAAUGCUUGGAUUACUAGAAGAGAAAAAAGCGUUGCUUGAUAAAUACAAGGAUUUAUACAACAAACCAUCUCGAAACGAUCGAAAGAAAGGUUCCAGAUCCAAAAAGACCGAGACUGAUAAAACAUCUCGUUAG